AUGCCGGCGGAGGAGCCGCGGUGGACCGAGGUGAAGGAGAGAGUACCGGAGCGAAAGUCGGAGCCAGUGGGAAGCCUCGUGAUGAUAGCUGACAAGGGAGUGGAGAAUUUGGGCCAAAAGGCAGAUGGGCCUCAAUGGCUUAAGCCCAAUCCAUAUGAUAAUUUGGGCUCUAAGCCCAUUCCUGAUGGAGAGGCUUUUCUUGAGACCCAUUAG